CAGACUCCUAGACUUGUUGACACUUUUUAAGGAGGUGGUUUUUAAGGAUAUCCCUGGAAUUGCAACCAUUUUUUGCUUUUGAUAAAUUUUCCUUUACUUUUCUUUGUAUAUCUACAAAUCCUUGAGUCUGGGAGUUUUGUUUGGAGGCGGUUGCUACGCAACACAGAAGUUCGGGUGGUACUCGAAAAUGCCAAUAUGGUCCCUCUGCUGCCCCCUGUUGGUACGGAGGUGUUUAGAUGCUUCACACCAGCCUCACUGGAGAAAAUUCAGCGAAAGCAUGAAGCUGAAGCGAAGCAGCAGCAAAUCAGAAAGGAUAAGAACAUCAAGAUAGCAAAGAAGUAUCUUCCCAAACCAGCAGGUGAUCUGGAGGAUGGGAAGCCCCUCCCGUUGUUUUACGGAGACCAGGCCCAGAAGUUUCUCAACAUCCCAUUGGAGGACAUGGACCCUUUCUACCAAUCACACAAGACUUUUAUCGUUCUCAGUAAAGGAAAAAUCAUCUACAGGUUCAACGCCGAACCAGCUUGCUACCUGCUGAGUCCCUUCAACUCUCUGAGGAUCUUCUCCAUCAGGAUCCUCAUCCAUUCUUUAUUCAGUUUUUUCAUCAUGGCGACUAUCCUGACUGACUGUGUGUUCAUGACCAUGAGUGACCCUCCAGCAUGGAGCAAGACGGUGGAAUAUGUGGUCAUGGUGAUCUACACGUUUGAGGUAAUCAUCAAAGUUUUAUCCAGAGGGUUCUGUGUGGGAGACUUCACCUACCUCAGAGACCCGUGGAACUGGCUGGAGUUUAUUGUCAUCAACAUAAUAUACCUUGCAGAGUUUGUCCACUUUGGAAAUGUAUCAGCACUGAGGCCAUUCAGAGUUCUUCGAAUCCUGAAAAUCAUCACAGUAUUCUCUGGUUUAAGGACAAUCUUUGGCGCUCUCAUCCAGUCAGUGAAGAAGCUGCGUGAUGCCAUGAUUCUGACCCUCUUUUUUCUCAGUGUCUUUGCUCUGAUUGGCCUUCAGCUAUUCAUGGGAAACCUCAGACAAAAAUGUGUUCUGAUCUCACCGCUGUUACGCAACGACACUUCAGAGGGAGCCUUCAACAUCAGUUUCCACGAAAACAACGACUUCGAUUUCUACACGCACAUUAACAACUCAGACAAUUAUUACUACCUACCUGGUCAACUUGAUGCCCUGCUGUGUGGAAACAGCUCUGAUGCAGGGACCUGUCCAGAUGGAUACAUGUGUCUGAAGGCAGGGAGAAACCCAAACUACGGGUAUACCAGCUACGACGGUUUCAGCUGGGCGUUUCUGUCUCUGUUCAGACUCAUGACUCAGGACUUCUGGGAAAAUCUCUUCCACCUGACGCUGCGAGCGGCAGGUAAAAUCUACACCAUCUUCUUCGUGGUCGUCAUCUUCCUUGGUUCCUUCUACCUCAUUAAUCUCAUCCUGGCCGUGGUUCUCAUGGCGUACGCUGAGCAAAACAGGGCAAACAUCGUCAAGGCCAAACAAAGAGAAAAGGAGUAUGCCCGCAUCCUUAAGGAGUUAAAGAAGAGAGAAGAGAAGACGGUCCAGAGGGCGGCGCCCUCGGAGAAAAACGGCUCCGCAUCACAUGAGGAAGAUGCUACCAGGGAUGACCUAGAGGACAACCAGACGCCACGUUCUUCACGCUGGCACGUCUUUGCUGACACCUUCCUGAAGUGGGAUUGUUGUGGCUGUUGGAGAUGGUUGAAAAAGCUUCUGCAUUCUACUGUCAUGGAUCCAUUUGUGGACGUCGCCAUCACCAUGUGCAUUGUCCUCCUCACUAUCUUGAUGGCCACUCAACACUAUCCGAUGACUGAGGGGCUGGCGGAGCUUAUCAGCAUUGGAAACCUGGUGCUUACAGGGAUCUUAACAGCUGAGAUGGUUCUCAAAAUUAUGGCGAUGGAUCCAUAUCAUUACUUUCAGAAAGGCUGGAAUAUCUUUGACAGCAUCAUCGUCACCAUGAGUCUGUUGGAUCUAGUGCUGGCUAAUGUAACUGUGUGGCUGCCCCUCAGAUUGAUAAGAGUGUUUAAGCUAGCCAAGUCGUGGCCGGCUUUCAAGGUGUUGACAAAGAUUAUCCGCAACUCUUUGAGAGCCCUGGGGAACUUGACGCUGGUUCUUGCCAUCAUUGUCUUCAUCUUCACUGUAUUUGGAAUGCAGUUGUUUGAAAAGAGCUACAAAGAUCAUGUCUGUCACAUUGACGCGGACUGUAAGCUUCCUCGCUGGCGCAUGACCAGCUUUUUUCAUGCCUUCCUCGUCAUGUUCAGGAUUCUGUGUGGCGAGUGGAUUGAGACAAUGUGGGACUGUAUGCAAGUUGCAGGGAAGCCCAUGUGUCUGAUUGUCUACAUGAUGCUACUGGUGAUUGGAAAACUAUUGGUUUUGAAUCUGUUCCUGGCCUUGCUGCUAAGCUCAUUCAGUGGGGAUAAUCUUGCAGUUACAGAAGAUGAAGAAGAAAACAAUCUCCAGAUUGUGAUAAACCGGAUCAGCAGGUGUACAGCAAGGACCAAGGCCUGGUUCUGGACUUUGGUGGGAAAGAAAACAAAUGUAAACUCAGAUGUAAAUGAUGCAACCUGUGAAGAAGGUGACAAAUCAAAGGAAGUUUUACCUCUGACAAUCGUGAAUUCAGAGCAGUCGGUGGUAAAAGUCCAAGACCCCAAAGUAACCAAAAUCUGCUCUGAAGCCAAGUCUGAUUCUGAGAUAUCUGAAAAUAAAAAUGAUGAAGAUAAUGAGGAGGAAGACCAAGAUGAACAGCUUGCACAAGGUGAUAAGUCUUUGGACUGCAGCGACGUCGAGAAAUUUCCUGUAAUCUCAAUAAUAAAAGAGGUAGAAGACACUCCUGAUGAUUGUUUCACAGAAAAGUGUUACAGUCGCUGUCCAUGCCUGGAUAUAGACACAUCCAAGAGCAUAGGAAGGAUCUGGUUGUAUAUCAGGAAAACUUGCAUCACCAUCGUAGAGUCCAAGUACUUUAAGUCAUUCAUCAUCAUCGUGAUCCUGCUGAGCAGUGCAGCCUUGGCCUUUGAGGACAUCUACAUUGAGCAGCGCCGGGACCUCAAGAUAAUUCUGGAAUAUGCAGAUCAUGUCUUCAACUUUGUGUUUGUGGUGGAGAUAAUUCUCAAGUUGGGUGCCUACGGCUGUAAAACCUUCUUCUCCAAUGCCUGGUGCUGGCUGGAUUUCCUCAUUGCAGAUGUGUCUCUGGUGUUACUGUCUGCAAGCAUCCUGGGAUACUCUGAGCUGGGAGCUAUACAAUCUCUGAGGACUCUGAGAGCAUUGAGACCGUUUAGAGUCUUGUCUUGCUUUGAGGUCUUGAGGGUGGUGGUUAAUGAAUUGGUUGGUGCCAUCCCCUCCACCUUCAACGUGCUGCUAAUCUGUCUGGUCCUCUGGCUCAUCUUUAGCAUCAUGGGUGUGAACCUGUUUGCAGGGAAGUUUUAUUACUGCUUCAACGAAACAUCAGAGGAGUUUUUCUCUCCUGAGGAAGUCAAUAAUAAAACCCAGUGUCUCGAUCUGAUUGAGAAAGGCUUCUCCGAGGUCCGCUGGAAGAACACAAAGAUGAACUUUGACAACGUUGGGAUGGGCUACCUGUCUCUGCUGCAAGUGGCCACAUUUAAAGGCUGGAUGGACAUCAUGUAUUCAGCGGUGGACUCCAGAGAGGUGGAGUCCCAGCCAACGUAUGAGGACAACCUGUACAUGUACAUGUACUUUGUCUGCUUCAUCAUCUUUGGCUCCUUCUUUCCUUUCUGCCUCUUCAUCACCUCACUCAUCAACUACAACCAGCGUAAACCAAAGUCUAUAGAAAUAGAACCCCCGAUAAAAUGGAUCCCCAGAGAGCCUCCUUCCCGACCGACAAACAAGUUUCAGGGUCUGAUCUUCGACCUUGUGACCAAUCCGUUUUUUGAUAUCCUCAUCAUGGUGUUGAUCUGCUUUUAUACGCUGAUGAUGAUGGUGGAAACAGACGAGCAGAGUCCAAAGAAGGAAGAAAUCCUGUACUGGGUCAACCUCGUUUUCAUCAUGAUCUUCAGCACAGAGUGCUGUCUCAAAAUUAUCGCUCUACGAAAGCACUACUGUUAUGAUGGAUGGAACAUAUUUGACCUUGUGGUUGUUAUACUGUCUAUUGUUGGUUUUGUUGUUGCUGAUAUCAUCGAGAAGUACUUUGUUACUCCCACUCUCUUCCGUGUGAUCCGACUGGCUCGCAUUGGCCUGAUCCUUCGUCUCAUUCGCAGAGCUAAGGGAAUUAGAAAGUUGUUGUUUGCAUUAAAAAAGUCUCUUCCUGCUGUAUUCAACCUUUGCAUCCUCCUCUUCAUCAUCAUGUUUGUCUUCUCCAUCUUUGGGAUGUCUAAUUUUGCUUAUGUGAAGAAAGGGAGCAUGAUGGAUGACAUGAUUAACUUUGAAACCUUUGGGAACAGUAUGAUCUCCAUAUUUACAAUCACCACAUUAGCUGGAUGGGAUGGUCUUCUCUAUCCCCUCAUGAACACACCUCCAGACUGUGAUCCAGACUUUGAAAACCCAGGCACAUCUGUCAGGGGCAACUGUGGCAGCCCUGCAGCAGGCAUUGUCUUUUUGAUUUUGUAUGUCAUUGUGUCCUUCCUGGUGGUGGUCAAUAUACACAUCGCCAUCAUCCUGGAGAUAUUUAACGUCGCCACAGAGGAGAGCACCAACACACUAUCUGAGAAUGGCAUUGAUAUGUUCUACAAAACCUGGGAGACGUUUGACCCACAAGCUUCACAAUUUAUUCACUACAGUGAGUUGUCAGAUUUCUAUGAUGCUCUACCGUAUCCUCUGAGGAUUCCCAAACCCAACACCAUCAACCUGUUACAAAUGGACCUGCCUUUGGUUCAAGGAGACAGGGUCCACUGUCUGGACGUUCUGCUAGCUCUCUCUGAAGAGGUUUUUGGUGAAUCCCAGACAACGGAGGAACUAAAGUCUACCGUGGAGUGGAAGUUCAUGGCCAACAUUGCUUCAGAGGAGAGUUUAAGACCAAUCGUCAGCACCUUUCGAAAGAAACACGAGGAGAUGGCAGCGACAGCGAUCCAGAGAGCCUACAGGAGACACGUUCAGCAGCAAAUGAACAAGAAGGAGUCCUACCAGUAAAGGAAAAAGACAGAGGGACAGGCGGCCAGGGACAAUCUGUCUCCACCAGAGACAGAGGGAUUUUUCUGUAAACCAAUGGAUCAGCUGUACUGAGACAGUGUUAAAACUCUUUAA